UUAAGAUACACUGUCUUCUUUCCCGCUAAUUGCUUCUCCGAGAGCUUGUAUGAAUUAGGCCUUAGGCAGAGCUGCAUUAUCCAGACCAUGAUCACCAAUCUGAACCGACCGGCCAUUGUGCCAGGGGUAAUUGUCGCAUACCUUUUCGCUCCAAAUCAUGUUCUCUGUCUGCUGAACAAGGAGUCUUCGCAGCCGAGACUACCACUCCAUGAGUAAACACCGCUCGAUCACUUGAUCAUCGAGGAACGUGAUCUGCUUUACGAAUGCCUUGGCUUCAGUUGCAUGUGGUUAUCGACUUCCCCAAAUUUAUCGCCCAAGACUGCCUAAGCUGACGCAUUUCUGCAUCGGAGACUUGACGGGGGUACGAAGACAUUGAUUUCGCUGCUAUUUGCUGGCUUCGUUGAGAUCAUCUCCAUCACAGAACACUCAAGAAGCAUUCCCCGCAACUAUGGCCACCAUUCACCCGUUUUUCAAAUCCCCUUUCUUCAACUUCGAGUACCUCCGGCUCUUGGCAAUGGCACCACACGAAGGCGCCGAGAUAGGAGAGUCACUGGAAGCAGCGGCCAAAAUCAAGGAUCUAGAUCCUGAGUCAUGGUACAGCGCCUUCCUUGACGUUGGCAACAAAGUCGAAGACAUUGCAAAGGAGGCUGAGCAGGCAGGUGACCGUGUAGGCGCGCGUCGCGCCUACUUGCGGGCAUCUAACUACCUCCGUGCGGCCCAGUUCAUGUUGAAUGAGGGCCCUAUCGGACAAGACCGGCGCGUUCUUCUCACCAUCGAGCGCGCUAUCGCGGAUUUUCGGAAGGGCGUCCAGUACCGCAACGGGAAGACGUUCUUUUUGAAGAUUCCCUACGAAAAUGGGCUCAAAUUGCCCGGGUACCUCUACCUGCCUGAGAAUUCCAGGCGUAUUCCCGGCCGCAAGAUCCCCAUCCUGCUAAACUCGGGCGGGGGGGAUUCUACGCAGGAGGAAAUCUACUUUGUAAAUCCGGCGUUUGGGCCAGAGGUCGGUUAUGCAGUCGUCACCUUCGAGGGACCAGGUCAGGGAAUAGUGCUCCGUCGCCACAAGCUGCCGAUGCGUCCGGACUGGGAGGUCGUCACAGGCGCGGUCUUGGAUCACCUCUUUGACUUCGCGAAGAGCCAUCCAGAGCUUGACCUUGACCUUGAUCACAUUGCUGUUACUGGCGCAUCUAUGGGCGGUUACUUUGCACUACGCGCAGCUGCCGACGAGCGCAUCAAGGCAUGCGUCAGCGUCGACGGAUUUUAUAGUCUGGCAAGUUUCGUCGGCGGCAGAAUGCCAGGGCCUCUCUUCAGGGGUUUCAUGAACGGCUGGCUGUCCGACGGUGUAUUUAACGCGAUCCUGAGGUUUCUGCAGAGACUCGACUUCCAGGCACGCUGGGAAUUCAAUCAUUUGAAGUGGGCGACAGGUACUACGACGGAGUCCGACAUCAUGCGGAGUUUCACCGACUACACGUUGCUCAACCCAGACGGGACAGAGUAUCUGGCCAGUGUGAAGUGUCCCACGCUAGUAACCGGCGCAGGAGCAAGCUGGUUGUUUGAUCCUGCAACCACAACUGACAAGAUCUAUGACUGCCUGACGAGUCUUCAAUCCGGCUUGGACAAGGAAAAGUGGAUCGCCGAUGAUAUAAUCCAUGGAGGAUUACAGGCCAAGGUCGGUGCUUUCGGCUACUCGGCGCAAAAGACGUUCCAGUGGCUAGACGCCAGAUUUGGGAUUGAGCGGGAACCGUUGGAUGCGGAAUCAGAUUUGAGUGUGCUGAUCAAGAUUUAGGCUUGUGCGAGUAAUGCAUUGU